UCCCUUCCCUUCCAACCACCAACCAUAACGCCCCUGCUCUCUUUCUCUAUUUAAUUUUUAUAUUAUAAAGUUUUUUUUAACAAAAAAAAAAAAGACAGAAAAUUAAGGUUACCACAUUCCUCUUGGCAACCCUAUUCACGAGACAAACGUGCACUUCUUCCAUUUUUUUCACAUAUAAGCAACCAAACUCACCACCUUUCUCAUUUGCUUUCUCUUCAACCGUAACCCUAAUACCCUCAAUGGCCGAGCCACAAUGCCAUGGCGUGUCUGAAACUCGUAGGAAGGGAACCAGCAAGCGUGCCACCAUGCCGGUCGAGGCUGAGCCAGUGGUGGCGGAACUUGCACCGGUCCCAGCAGCACCAUGUGGGGCAUGCAAGUUCUUGAGGCGGAAGUGUAUUAGUGGGUGCAUUUUUGCACCCCACUUUGGUUCAGACCAGGGUGCAGCCAGGUUUGCUGCCGUGCACAAGGUUUUCGGUGCUAGUAACGUUUCAAAGCUCUUGCUUCACAUCCCGGUGAACCAGAGACAUGAUGCUGUGGUCACAAUAUCGUAUGAAGCUCAGGCCAGGCUAUCGGACCCGGUUUAUGGUUGUGUCUCAACCAUACUUUCUUUACAACAACAGGUUGCAUCUCUGCAGGCUGAGCUAGCACUGGUGCAAAACCAACUGAUCAACAGUCGAAUUGCCAUGGUAAAUGCACUUGAAAGCUCACAGCAACAGCAGCAGCAACAACAACAACAUGAACAACGUAUUGCUUUGCUGCAGCCAGCAUAUUCAAACAAUUCCUCAGCUUCCAAUAAUCUCAUAAACAUCAGCAACUUUACCUCCAAUUUUGACCUUGUGGCUGAAACUACUGCACCUUCUUCUCAGAGCAUGGACCGUCUUCAGCUCUCUGAACCAUGCAAUGAUGAAGAAGAUGAUGAACAAGAUAGCCAGAUUCCGGCCAUUUUCGCCAAUCAAAUUAUUCACAGCAGAUAAAACCUUAGGAUUUUUUUCCCUUUCCUUUAUUUUUUCCUUUUUCUUGCAAAUUAAUAAACU